CGACACGUCUUUUUUUUUAAAUGUUAAGUGAUGUGGAAUGUGAUUCACUCCUAAGGAGGAGCUAAUUUAGGAGCGUGGACAGCCCGGAGGAAGAGAGGACUGGUCGGUGUGCGCAGUAUCUCAGCUCUUUCUUCUCCAUAUUCCGGAUCCUUAAAGGUCUUCUACAGGCACAGCAGGGGAUUCAGGAUGGAGCGGAUGGAGUCAAUGGAGCCGAUCUCGGCGAGCUACACCACCGCUUACCCGGAGAUCAAGCCCGACAGCGGCUACGGCUCCGGAGAAAACACGGAGAACCAGGCGAAGACCCCGACUUAUGAUGAAGACCUGGUGCACAAGACUAUUUUGGUUGGAGACAGUGGAGUAGGGAAGACAUCUCUUCUAGUUCAGUUUGACCAGGGCAAGUUCAUCCCGGGCUCCUUUUCUGCCACAGUUGGAAUCGGAUUUACGAAUAAAGAAGUAACUGUUGAUAAUGUGAAAGUCAAACUACAGAUUUGGGACACAGCAGGACAGGAACGGUUCAGGAGUGUGACUCAUGCAUAUUACCGAGAUGCGCAUGCCUUGCUGCUUUUGUAUGACAUCACCAACAAAUCGUCGUUUGACAAUAUUAGGGCAUGGUUAACAGAAAUCCAUGAGUACGCACAGACUGAUGUAGUCAUCAUGUUGCUCGGCAACAAGGCUGAUAUGAGCAGUGAGCGAGCGAUCAGGAGAGAUGAAGGAGAAAGGCUGGCCAGAGAGUAUUCGGUUCCUUUCAUGGAGACUAGCGCAAAGACGGGAGUCAACGUAGAGCUUGCCUUCACAGCUGUAGCCAAGGAACUGAAGCAUCGCGCUGCCCGGCAUCCCAAUGAAUCCAAGUUCCAAAUUCAUGAAUAUAUUGAGUCACAGAAGGAGAAGUCCGGCUGCUGCAGCUACUUCUGAAUCUUCCGUCCAAAAACUGUCAGUCGACGACACGUAGAAAGAAGAGUGGGUGGAACUGAGCGAUGCUGCCAAAACUUCACGCUGCCAUUCAUGGGGAAUAAAUCCCUACAAUUACAUCCGUUAGAAGAGUCUCGGAGAAAGGAACCAGGUAUUAACUCAGAUGACUCAAGGUUUAGUUCUGAGAAAAAGAGAUUUUUUCAAACUCUUGAGACUUUAUCAGAAACAGGAUUUUUGACGUAAAAAACUGCUGUUUUUAAUUAUUGAAACAUUGCCUUAAGAUGAUCUGUACUCAACUGCUGGGUGAGAUUGUGAGCACGACUUUAAAAGCCCCUUUCUAAAGGUUAAAGAUACCUUUUCCAAAUUAAAAAAAUGAUGCAGAGUGCUGAGCCAAAGAUCCUCUAUACCCAAGACAUGAGUGCACAUUUGUACUGAACUUUGACUGGACCAGCUGAGUAGUAAUCAUUUCAUAAUAUAUUUAUCUAUAUAGCACUUCUAAACAAAGUGCAGUACAGGCAGGUAAAGCAGACAAUAAAAUUGUAUUUUGGCUUAGAGUAAUGAGGUCAAAGUUCAAAGCAUUGCAUCAGUUUAAGUACCUUUUAAAGACUAAAGAAACUGCACAUAUUUUUCCCUUGUAUUACUUACUGUUCAACCCAUCACAUCAAAUUCCAAUAAAAUAAAAUGAAUUUUGCUUCUAUAGAUUAAAAAAAAUACUAUUUAAAGCAGUAUUUUACAUUUUUCCUGAUAUAGUAUUUUUACAGCAUGUCACACUGGUCUCUAUUUAUUCACUGCAUUGCCGAUAGGCCGUUGGUAGUUACCGGUGCUUUGAGGUCACCACCUGCCAUUUUGGUUCUCUCUAGUAAGACCGGUUGUUAACAAUACGUUCACUACAGCAUCAAACAACAAUGAUGUUCUCAUUUUCAGGUGAGCGUAAGACUUUUAAUACAAAAAAAGUCAUUACUUUUACACACACGCUUUUUUAUAGCAUCUGUAAAUUAAUUUAAUUUAAGGUAAAAAGAGGCACAUCACAUUACAUAUUCAGUAUGAAGUCCAUGAAAUCUAUAAAUCAUGUAAUAUAACAUUGUACAAAUCCAUCACAACAAAAUUAGUGUGUUAAUGGAACAUAAUAAUACUGUAGUCAGAUAUUAAGUUUAUUACACACCCACGUGCUCACAUAGACAAUCAAGAUGUCACAAAAGUGGCUAAAUUGAUGACGUAAAUGAUA